AUGUUCAGAUUAGCCAGUUCUAUUGCAGGCUUGACUGGUCUCGGCAGACUCACAGGCUUGCAAGCACAGCUGCUGCUCGUGAGAUGUCUCGCCACCACGGUCGAUGCUCCACCUGCUGAGAGCAUAAACGUCCAAACCAUCAAGAUUGUUCCUGAUACCACCGAUUUGACUGAAUUGGAAAGACAGGACAGAAUCAUCCAAGAAAAAAGGAACAACGGGAAACUUAUCAAGAUGAGAAAAUACAAGCCAGUUUCUCCAGGUAUCAGAUGGUACAGAGCCCCAAUUUUUGAACAUCUUUGGAAGGGCAAACCAUACAGACCUUUGACGACCCCAAAGAAACAAAAUGGUGGUAGAAACCACUCGGGUAAGAUUACUGUUAGACAUAGAGGUGGUGGGCAUAAAAGAAGAGUGAGAAUACUUGAUUUCCAAAGAUCUGAACCGGGUCCAGCUGAAAUUUUGAGAAUCGAGUACGAUCCGAACAGAACCUCUCACGUCGCGUUGAUUAAGCAUAAAAACUCUGGAAACAUAUCGUAUAUUCUUGCGCCAGAUGGCUCGAGAAGUGGUGAUAUCAUUGAAUCUUUUAGAGCCGGUAUUCCAAAAGAAUUGAUGGAAGAAAUGGGUGGGAAGAUUGAUCCUGCUAUUUUGUCUACUAGAACAUGUCAAAAGGGUAACUGUUUGCCAAUUGAUAUGAUUCCAAUUGGUGCUAUCGUUCAUAGUAUUGGUGCUAGCAAAAUUGGUCCAGCUAAAUUCUGUAGAGCCGCUGGGUCUUAUGGGAGAGUCAUGCAAAAAUUGCCUGACAAGAAGAGAGCCAUCAUCAAGUUGAAAUCUGGUGAACUUAGAUACGUUGCUUUGGAUUCCUGUGCUACUUUGGGUGUUGUGUCUAAUGUUGAACACAGACAUUUGAAAUUGGGUAAAGCUGGUAGAUCAAGAUGGAGAGGUUGGAGACCAACCGUUCGUGGUCUUGCCAUGAACAAAUGUGACCAUCCUCAUGGUGGUGGUAGAGGUAAGAAGAAGUCUCACAAGUUGACUGUUUCUCCAUGGGGUCAAUUGGCCAAGGGUUACAAGACCAGAAGAGGUAAGAAUAUCAACACAAUGAAGGUUAAGGACAGACCAAGAGGUAAGGAAAAGAGAAGAGCCGGUGGCUAG